AUGCAUUCACUUUUUCUUUUCUUUUUUAUCACUCAACACUCGGCACGUCAAUUUCGAGGAGAAAUCGCGACGGGAAAUGAGUCGUGGAUACCAAUCGAUCACUUCUGCUUUUUUAUCGAUUCCGGCUCUCUCGACUAUGUCGUCAAGUAUCCGAUAGUUACCAAUCUAAGCCUUCUUUUCUACUUUGACACACAAUGGGAAAAUGUCAACAACAACGUGACAUCGACGUUACAACAACGCCUCGCUCCUCUCAAUCCACUCUUCAAUCAAGUUCAACCACUCUUCGGCGAAACACCAAUGCAGAAAUGUCACGAAGAGAAAAUAAAUGGAAUUCGGAUGAUGAUUUGUGAAGGAACUCGACGAUUUAUAUCUGUCCAUUCUCGUUGCUGGUAUCUAGUGAUCAUGCAAGAGAAUCUCGUUGUCUCAAAUUCCAGUCUUGAAACAGAGUUCGAUUUGGUGUGGGGAAACGGCAAGGAAGCAGGCGCCUUGUUGUGGCAUUUUUCGGCAGACGAAUACUAUCUCUUACCAAUUAAUGUCGGCUUCUACACGUUCAAUUUCAUCAUUUUUGGUGUAUCUUUGGUUGUGGCAAUGAGACUCAAAUCCCGCAACACCUUUCCAUCAACGUAUUACCUCUAUCAGCUCUCGAUUCUCAUCGAAUGCGUCGCUUUACUCUCGUUCUCAAUUUACUAUUGUAAGUUGAAAAGAAUUUCAAUUGAUCAAAGUGAUAUUUUCGAUACUUAUUCUCUCGAUGGAAUCGGCGUUGUUUUGUGGAAAACGAUUGGUUAUGUUGCAAGAAGUCUUCGGAAAGGUCUCUUUCUUCUAUACUUACUUGUCAUUGCCAAAGUUCACAUUGAUACAAGUUCGAAAUCGCUUCCCUCUCGCAUUCUCCUCAACACUCUUCAAUCAUGUCAAACAUUUCUCUUCACUAUUCUUGCCAUCAUUUAUGCGCUCUUUUCAAUGAACUUGAUGUCAAAUACUUUCGACCCAACCCGAAUCCAACACGAACUGAUCACUUCUUGUGGUCUUUCAUUUAUCAUUGUCCAUAUGAUUUUUUGGACUAUUUGGCUCUUUCUUUCAAUGAUAUCUCAAAAAAGACAAUUUCUUCUUACCAGCGUCAUGAGUUUUUGGUUUUUCCUUGGUCUCUUCACAUGGUUGAUGGCCAAUUUUGUUCUAAGUGACACUGUGAGAAAAGAAGUAAUCGAUUUGAUAGAAUGCUCGACAACCGUUUAUUCUUUUCUCUUCUUUCUCAUUUUCAACAACUUUCAGACUCCAACAACAAAUCAACCAAUUUCUUUGAAUCAAACGGAAAGAGAGCCGAGUAUCUACAUAAAAGAUAUUUCACCGGAAAUUUUGACUGGAGGAAAGAAGGAAAUGAAUGAGAAUGAU